AUGUCACUUUUUCUCAUCUCACCAAUUACUGCUUCCGUAGCCUCCGCCAUAUGGUCCAGUACCACGCUGUGUGUAACCGCCGCGACCUCGGGUGGGGCCACCCCCGGUACCAUUUCCAUACCCGGAGCCAAAACUGCCAUAGCCAUCACCACCAUAACCAUCAUAGCCGUAACCACCCCCGGGGCCACCGCCAUAACUACCAUCAUUGUAGCUGGGACCUGGAGGACCGCCGUAUCCUCCCCAGGGUGCACCAUAGCUACCGCCGCUAUAGGAAGGACCAUAAGCUCCUCUCAUGCCACGGCCACUGCUACUGCCACCUCUACCACCCCUCAUGCCACCAGAACCCAUCAUACCCUGGCUAACGAUCAUCUGUCUUUUUUUUGUUCUAUUUCUCUUUCAACCUUCUUCUCGCAGUCUUUUUUUUUAUUUCGCUUUCAUUCACUCCUUGCCUAUUCCUACUCAUAUUUCUCUUCUCUUCAUUUCUUUCUGUUUUCCUCUCCUUUCAUUGUUUUAAUUUCUUUUUCUGAUAUUCAUCUCUUUUCUUCCCCAUUUUUUUUAUUUAUCUCUCUUUUUUUAACUAUCUCUUUCUAA